CCAACGGCGAGGAGAGCUAGCAGGUAACCGUGGACGGACGGCGGUAGGCUGCUUUUUAUACGAGUUAACGCGAUUAGCUUCACUUGGCAGGUGACAAUGCAGUUCUUAGGCCGGCUGUUGGACACAGUCUCCUCUGUCUCAACCCUCUUCACCAACCCCUACCGGGUCAGGGAUGUGCCGCUGUCCGACUACCGAGGAGGAGGCAAAGUCAUGCUGAAGGAGGAGGGACGCAUGGUCCUGUACAAAAACACCCAGUGCCAUUCAUGGGACUGUCUGCUUAUGUGCCCUGAGAUGCCCACUAUGACUCUGAGGCUGUUUCAGGUGGCGUCAGAAGAGGACGCCAUGAACUUGUUCCCCCAAUAUGCCCUCAAGCUUCGGCCCUUCUAUGAGACACUUCCUCUGAAGGCUGAAACCACCCAGCCAAUUGUGGACUGCAUCCGCAACCACCCGGACUGGAGUUCUGCUCACAUUGCUGUGGAGACAGGCCUGAGAGAGUGUCUCAAACAUAACUAUGUCCAGAGUCAGAUCAAUGCUCGGGAUGCAGCAGGUCAGACGCCGAUGCACCUGGCGUGCGAGCGCGGCGACUCGGUGUGUGUGAAGGAGCUGUUGGACGAAAGUCAGGCUCGCACCGACAUCAGAGACCGCAAUGGAGAGACGCCCAUGCACUUUGCAGCCAAGCAGGAUUCUCCCGCCAUCAUCCAGGUCCUGUGCUCGCGGUUGUGCUCCGGCGUGAAUGAGCUGAACAGCAACGGGGAGACGCCGCUCCACGUGGCCUGCCGUCUGGGACGCAUGGAGUCUGUGAAAGCUCUGUUGGGGGGAGGGGCCAAGUGUGAUGUCAUCGGUGGCGUUGGCUACCCCAUCCACAGUGCCAUGAAGUACAGCGAGAAGGGCUGUGUGGAGGAGAUCCUCAAAGCGGACCCAGGCCAGGUCCACGCUGAGGACUCUUUGUAUGGUGGGACACCUCUGCACUGGGCCAAAACUGCUGAGAUGUGUCGCAUGCUGCUGGAACAUGGCUGUGCAGUCAACUACCUCAGUAAGACCGGAGAGAGCGCCCUCCAUAUUCUGACAAAGAAGGGCCGCUUCGAGGCGGCUAUGGUGCUGCUCACCCACGGAGGGAACGCCAACCUGAAGGGCCAGGAUGGAAACACAGCCCUGCACCUAGCUAUGAAGAUGGACCACAUGGAGUUGAUCAAAGCUCUGAUUGUGUUCGGGGCUGAUGUGGAGAUCCACAACGACCUCGGAGAAACACCUGGACUCAUCGCUGCUCGCACCAGCAAAGGUCCUAAUAGAAAGAUACUGCUGGACAUGCUGUGUAGUGUAGGGGUCCAGCGGUGCCUCCCACCCUCCCCUGGCACUCCUUCCCCCAUCUCCAACAAGGCCAAGCCUCCAGGCAUAGGGUUUGAGGACAUCAUGUAUGUGGGGGCUGCACUCAGUGCAAUGAGCAGAGGCGCGUCUGAAGUGGACGGCCACAGAAUGGAGAAAAAAAAGAUGGACAGUCUGCUGUGUCUGGAUGGGGGAGGUAUUAAAGGCCUGGUGUUGAUCCAGAUGUUAAUUGCUCUGGAGAGAGAGGCCGGUCGGCCCACCAGAGAGCUCUUCGACUGGGUGGCAGGCACCAGCACUGGGGGCAUCCUGGCCCUCGCUAUAAUACAUGGUAAGUCCAUGGAGUAUCUGCGCUGCCUGUACUUUAGGAUGAAGGAGCAGGUGUUCAAGGGUUCACGACCUUAUGAAUCAGCACCACUGGAGGACUUCCUGAAAAAAGAGUUUGGAGAGAACACCAAGAUGACAGAUGUCCGAUACCCCAGGGUGAUGGUGACCAGUGUUCUAGCAGACAGACAUCCAGGCGAGCUGCACAUCUUCAGGAACUAUGACCCUCCCUCCGUCCACAGAGAGCCCCCAUACGCCACCACUGCCACAUUCAAGCCUCUCACCAUCCCACAAGGAUGGGAGGAUGAGGAUGUGUUGAUAGUAGGAUUCUCAGAGGAACCAACCAGAAAGCGUAGCAAGAUGACAGAUGAAGAACAACUUGUGUGGCGAGCUGCACGCUCCAGCGGCGCUGCCCCCACCUACUUCCGACCAAUGGGCCGCUUUCUGGAUGGAGGGCUACUGGCCAAUAACCCGACGCUAGACGCCAUGUCGGAAAUCCAUCAGUACAAUAAAGCCUUAAAAGCAGAGGUCCAUGGAAAGGGAACCAAGAAGUUAGGUAUAGUGGUCUCCCUUGGUACAGGUAAACCUCCUCAGGUGGUGGUGAGCUCCGUGGAUGUUUUCCGACCCUCCAACCCUCUGGAGCUGGCCAAGAGCUUCGUAGGAGCCAAAGAGCUAGGCAAGAUGCUGGUGGACUGUUGUACAGACUCUGAUGGCUGUGCAGUGGACAGAGCCAGAGCCUGGUGUGAAAUGAUCGACACCAUUUACCACAGAUUGAGUCCCCAGUUGUCUCAGGAAGUGAUGCUGGAUGAGGUGAGCGACGCAGUCUUGGUGGACAUGCUGUGGGAAACCCAGAUGUACUUGUACGAGAAUAGAGAAACCCUCCAGUCCCUGGCAAAGCUGCUACUCGAAAACUGAAAACAGAGGAAAAUCACAAGGAGAGGCUACGAGAGAAGAUGGCACUAUGAGAGCAGAAGAGACGGAGAAUAUGAGAGCAGAGGAGAGUCCUCUGAAUGAAGUCAAAGACAAGAGUGACUGGACGGGGCACAAAGAUUAGUGAGCCAUGUGUCUGAUUCAAGACUGUAACGUCUGUGUUGGUGUGCUCUUUCUUUAAGACAAACUGCUUGAGACGACAUGACCACAAUGACUUUCAUAUUAACGUUGAAAUGACAGCACACAGCAGCAAACGGGAAACAAAACCGACAGUGAAAACUAACACAAAAAAUACAACUGACUUAACAGAGCCUGUUGGAAGGCAAAUAAUGUAGCAUCAUGUGACCUUAUCACUGACCUUAUCACUAUCAUGGUUCAAGUUUUGUAUAUAAAUCAGUAAAUGAGAGCGUAAACUAUUCCCUUCUUUAGUAUGUGAAUACAAGAGAAAUGUGGGAGGAAGUAGCACCAACCAGAUCAAACUAAAGCACAGACUGACUGUCGCCCACCCACUUUCCAUUGUGUUGAGGAACAGAUAGUUUGAAUGCAGUUUGAAUUGGUUGUGAUAAAAGUACUGACUCCUCCUUCCUCCUUCUCUUGUUCCUUUAUUUAUUUUUUUAACCAGAGUAGCUACAGUGGCACUGAAUAUACUGACAGUUUCCGUAAGGCCAUAUGAUCAAAGGGACCCUACAGUACCGCUGCAGAAACUGCAGUAUACUGUAGCACAGCUCGGACGAACCAGUUCUGCCUUAUGUCUGUCUGGGACCCAAAUAUGUACCUUUCUCUUCUCUACAACACAUUGUCAUGCCUUUACUGUCUACUCAUUAAACAUGAUAUUUAAGUUUAAACACAGUGAUAACUUGCUUGCACACUUUACACUGUUACAGCCUCUACUAUCAAACUGGACAUGAAAACUAGAAUUUUCAACUUACUUGAAGGACAAAGAAACAUAAGACCCACUGCUACUUGCACAACAUAAACUAAAGGUUACAAAUUAUUUCCUAUGUUUUUUGUAUUUGAAUUAAAUACUGAGGUGUAUACUGGUAUGGUAAUAAAAUAUAUUAAUAUGGACAAAA